CUCUAAUCGGCCUUCUAUCUUUACUCAUUUGCAGGUCUAGUUUCUAAGUGAUCUGGGCUGUGAUGCAAAGGAUUUUGGCCUCUUAGAAUCCUUUCAACGAUCUGUUCUUGGUUAGAUGAGGGCAUUUCCCAUGUGCUUCUCUUUAUUACAAUCCCCUCGGUAUGGAAUCCAUUCCUUGAGUAGUCUUUGGCAGGAUAGCUUCCACAGGUCAAGCAACAAACAUGGAAGCCAUAGGAGGUUUAAUGUUAUUAGUUCCAAACCCAAUGAACUCGAAGGAGGGUACAGUAGAAGAUGGAUUCGAAGCAAAACCACCGAAACUAGAAAGACAAUAGCCACCAGUCACAAUAAAAUACUAGAGGAAGAAGCUGCUGCUGCUGCUUCGACUAGUAGUGCUACUACAUUGAGAGUAGUUAACAAAACAGAACUGAAUGAGCUUCUGGCAUUCGGGUCAGCUUGUGAUAUAAGACAGCAGCUUGCUGAGAGCAAAGACCUGCACAAGCUUGUGACGGUCAUAGUGUUUGAUCUCGAGACGACAGGGUUUAGCAGGCAGUUUGAUCGGAUUAUCGAGAUUGCAUUUCGUGAUCUGGGAGGUGGAGAGAACAGCACGUUCGAGACACUAGUGAAUCCUGAACGUCUAAUCCCUAACUCGCAUGUUCAUGGGAUCAACUAUUACAUGGUCACUAGACCUGGUGUUCCUACGAUGAAAGAGCUAAUACCAAUUAUGGUCCAGUACAUAGAAAGCCGCCGGAAGAAAGGAGGAUACGUGCUGUUAGUAGCUCAUAAUGGUCGUACUUUCGACGUGCCAUUCCUCAAGAGCGAAUUCGAGCGAUGCUCUUUCCGCAUUCCUCACGAUUGGCUCUUCUUUUGUACUCUCGGUCUUGCGCGCCAACACUUUAAGGGUUCUAAGGUAUCACUGGAAGCUAUGAAAGAGAGUUUGGAGAUCAAGUUGGAGGGAGACGCACAUAGAGCCAUGGCAGAUGUGAAUGCACUGUCAUUGGUUUUUCGGGAACUAACGAUCCGUUUGGAAAAGACGCUAGCCAACUUAGUCAAGGACUCAUUCACAGCCUCAGAGUUGAGCAAGACGAGCUCCAAGAAGGAGAAGGGCAGCAAUGCUAAGCCAAAGACUUCAAAGUAGAAAGUUCAGAAGUCUGAGCCAUGGCAUUAUUCCUGCAGUUUAUUUGCUAUUGGCCUUGCUUUGUUUCUCUGUUACUUCUAGUUGUAGUAGUUAUUAGUUGGUAAUCUUAUUGGAAAGUCACUGAUUGUACAUUAAAAGGCUGCCUUCAGCCAUUUGACGCUGAAUAGCAGCAAACGUUAUUGUUUUCUAGUUUAUAAGAAGGAAAGAAAACUAGUGGACUAUAGCAAAAAUUGUGAACUUGUUUCAUUAUGAAAAAGGUUGAAGAAAUCAAAGUAACUUUCCCAUUCAAAAGAGA